AUACAUGAUACAGAGCAGAGUCUUGGUGUACUCGGUACGGAUGCGGAAUGGCCGCGAUGGCGAGUCGAUGGAUUCCGGUGCGUGUAAAGCUUGUUCCUGAAAAAAUGGAACUCGGCGCCACUUGACACUUUGCAAUACGCAUGGCAAGCGGUAUUUUUUUAGAUAAAUGAGUGCGGCCAGAUAGGCUGGUCCUGUCGAGAGUGUGCAGGUGAAGCCCGGGACAGGAAGCAAGAUAGAAGGCGACGUGCCAGUUUCGGAGUGGGCAAGGGCCAACAGCGGAAGAAGCGAAGUUGCCACCCUAAUUACGAGAGUUACGCACUCAAGAACGUGUAGAAGAAACGAGGCGAGUGAAAAACAGAGGCGAGGCAAGAGCCGCCGAAGGACAGAAGGGGGCGCAAAAACACAGAAGACAAGAGAAGGUUACAGUAGAACUUGAAAGGUAAAAUAUGUGUAGACAAAGAGAGAUGCAUGCCUAAAACAGUUCGUACAUAUGCGCCGUGUGUACGCGUGUACGUGUAUACAUAUCACGCGCUAGGGUGGCGCUGGUGCGCGAGCUUGGUCCGUAUAAGUAUUGGCGCAUACGGUUUGCGGAGAGAGGGGUGGGAGGCGGUUUGAACGUUCAAUUGAUGUGGGUUCUGUGCAAGCAGAAAGGGAGCCCGUUUUGGUUGAGAAAGCGCAAUUCCGAGUUAUGUGUGCGAUGACAUGUGUGGCAAAGCUUUGCUUGGCGCCGGCGCCACUGGCAAGUUGUAAUUGAGGAAAUGGGUGUGGUAGGUGCAUACAGGGCUGAUAGGGAGUAUAUCUUAGGGUGUGAAAGUCGAGUGGCGCGCAAAAGCGCCAAUGAAGACGUAGGACGUCUCUACCCUAUUUAAAAAAAAACGCGUUUUGUUUUUUGUUUUCGCCGCCUUCCGGUGUCCAUUUGUCUUAUCUCGUUUGUAGUCUAUGGAUGAUCAACACGCUCGAGACCAACAGCAGCUGAACCAGCACCGGCAGGCCAUUUAUUUGGCUGCCCUACAGCAGCAACAGCUUCAUGCACAGCUUCAGGCGCAUCAACAGACGAUAAUGCAACUACAGGCCAUCGCGCACCACAACCAAAACUCGAACUAUACUGCUAUUAGCCCUGGGGAGUAUACGCAGGAAUCUCUGUCUAAUAAGAAGCUGUCUGAAAUUAAAGAAAUCCUGAAGCAGACUGGCAAGAAGGUCACGGGAAACAAGGAGGACUUAAUUGCCAGAAUACUGGGGCUGGAAGAACCGGGCGCGGGAUCGUCACCGAGGACUUCGGCGAAGAAGAGAAAGUCGGAUGACAUAAGGGAUGACAGCGAGGAAUAUGAGGAGGAGGAAGACAUGGGUGGGAGCCCGAAAUUCAAGAAACCGAGAAUAGACAAGAACGAUCCGGUUAUGUUAGAGUGUUUUCUGUGCCACUCGCGAGAGGACUUGGUUAAGUACAAGGACAUUCGCCAGUGCAUAAAGUGCAAGCAUUUGUGGAAGGGUCGCCGGUUGUUGGAGGAGGAGGCGUGUCAGAUGUUCGCUUUAGAGCCUGAGGAUUUAGCGAAGCUGCCUCAUAAGGAGCAGACGUCGCAGUCGAGCGACGCGCCGUCUACGCCGCUGUACGCGUUUGCUACGGCGGCGGGUGCGGCUGUGAAGAAGUAUGGUUCUUUGUACAACAUGAUUAAGGAGAACCAGGCGCAGAGAGAGAUGCUAGCGCAGUAUUUACAGCAGCAGCACUUGCAUCAGCAUGCGUUGUUGCAGCAGCAACUAUUACAGCAGCAAUAUCAGCAUUCUGGCAUGAUGAUGUCUUCGGAUGAGCUGAUGCACCACGUGCAGCAGCAACAGAUGUCUAAUCCUGAGUCAGGUGGAAUUCACUCAAGCGAUCCGAGCAUUGCUUGCCACAAUCCCUGCGACAUACCGCAGGAGCACAUGAUGCAUCAUCACGUGCAAUCCAUUGACAAUGGAGCUAUGGUGCAGGAGCAUUCGGAGGCGAUCAAUGGCAAUCCGGAGGCGAUGUCUCACCUUGAGUCCAAGCAAUCGGCGCCCAUCUGCGAUCGUCACCUGCUCUCUCAGUCUCACCCGCAGCACAUCGGCAUGCACUCGGAGGAGCAGCAUAUGAAGGGGAGCGAUCGGGACUUAUCCAACUGCGGCGAAAACGAUAAUUUUGAGAUGGAGAGAACAGGUAUGGACGGCUCGGACCGUGCGCUGAUCGACCGCAGUCCUGGCCCGGCGGUGGCGCGCGAUUAUGGUGCGAUCUCGCACUAGAGGCACUUUUUUUUUUUGCGAUAGCGAGUCUGGGGAGCGCCCUUCCAUGUGUGUAUUAAUAAUUAGAUUGAAAGAAACGCGUGCGUGUGUAAAAAG